AUGCUGACUGAAGGGGAGCCGCAACGGAGGGACGGCGGGGGUUCCUAGUUCCGUUGUGGUCGAAACGAGAGGUGGAAUCGGUAGUUGAAGCCAGACGAGGAGAGAAAAUAACGUAAGGUAGGGGAUAAGCGACGGAGCGGCAGCGCCACCGACUAAACAGUCGCACCCCGUCGUUGUGAUCGUAUUCGAGAGCACCCCUGUCACUGGCGAGAGCCGCGACAGGGAGCGACCGAGAGAGUAUCGGACAGACAGACAGACGGACGGACAGACGGACGGACGGACAGACGGUCAGUCAGUCAGUCAGUCAGUCAGUCGGUCCACUCAGUUAGCCAACCAACGGAAGUUAGUAGUAGUCGUCGUGUGAGAAAAACUGUACUGCACGAGGGGACGGAAGAAUUGAACAACAUAUAUCUAUACACGUAUACAUACAUACCAUAUAUAUGUAUAAACAUUGAAGAGAGGCACGCUGAUGAAAGAGGAUCGAGAGACGUGGACGGACGGCGAGUGAAUAAAGAAGAGCGGAGUAAGAACGAAGAGGAAUACAGACGAAGAUACAAGGAGAAUCGGUAGUAGGCAUCAACCUGAUCAAGUAGUAGCAUAGUAGUUGUCUAGUGGUAGUACCGAGAGAAAAAGAGAACGCGAGUUUGCUAGUACGAAUCGCAGAAAGGGGUGAGGCCGGAAAAGUCGAGGAGGGUUCUCGUGCGAACAGGCUGGCAUGGUGGCGGUGCAUCCUACGAAGGAGCUGCCCUCGCUGUGCCGAUGACGAGGCUGCAGAUCACGCCCCAACGUGAGCAAGGAAGGACGAAGAGGAAGCCGCAGCAGGCACCGUCAACGGAUAGCUCGAUCAUCCGGGGAGAGGUUAACGGCAGGUUACAGAUACGGACGGCGCUGAGUGACGGACGGCGGCGACGGAGGCGACGGCGUCGCAACAUCGACGACCGCAUCGUCGUGGUCGACGGCUGGUGUAACGAGGAACGCGAUACCGGCGAUAGCGGUGCCGGUGGCGGGCUAGGCGUCGCGCUAGUCGACGUCCUCGACGUCCUCGACGUCCUCGGGAUCGUCGAUCGUCGUCGGUACGGUGGGAUACUACGUCAGGAUCAUCGUCGUCACCGGCGCCGAGUGAUCAACACCUGGUGAACGAAGCACGGAGAACCCGUGGUUACAACGGCUACGGAACACCACAACUGCGUCAACAUGCCGCGCUGCCUCAUGGCCAAGAAAUGGAAGGCCUACCCGUGGCCGGAUCGCGUCGACGAUCCACAGGAAGAACAGAACGAUCCUUCGAACAUUCUACAGGAGCAGGGGAACCAUGGGAUACAGCAGACUUCCGCGUCAUUAGAGAAGAGGCAACACAGGCAUGAGCCAGAGGACGAGGAGAUCGACGUGGUUGGGGAUACGGAUAGCAGGCAAGUCGAUCAUCAGCAGACCUGUUGGGGUCCGCAUAGUCCAACCGCUGGUGCCACUGCACCUAGUCCACCACCACUGAACGCAUCUGGUGCUCUGUAUUAUCAUGGUUACACGCACGAGUCAUGGAUCAACCACGAAGAACCACCAAAGUACGCGACGCUGCGCUCAGCGGCGGAGUUGGCCCGACCAGUGGUACCAUCUCCGCCGCCUCCAGCCGCGCCUCAAGAGCUGGCCGCGGUGAUGACCGGGUCCAGCCUGCACCAACCACACCCAACAGCCCCAAUGACAACUCCGUCGUCGUCGUCCACCUCGAUAUGUUUGCCUCCGAGGAAAAGCCUCUCGAUGUGUUUCACCAGCACAGGGACGGCGCUAUCGCUGCCCCCGAAGAAGAAGGACAUUUACAGGCCUUACAGCCUCCAGCCGAUGUUGGAGAUCCGCACGUCAGAGAUCCGCACGCCGGAGAUCCGCACAUCGGAGAUCCGCACAUCGGAGAUCCGCACAUCGGAGAUCCGCACAUCGGAGAUCCGCACAUCGGAGAUCCGCACGUCGGAGAUCCGCACAUCGGAGAUCCGUACGUCGGCCGAGGAGGAUCUGUCCGCUGCGCAGGCGAUCCUCGACCUGAGCGCGUCCCCGGCUGCGCCCACGCACUCGGUCUUCAUUCACACUUUAUCGCCUCCGCCUCCGCCUCCUCCGCCUCCAACGGUACCCUGCGUCGCGUCGACAGGCCAGCUGCAGCCGACACAGUUGCAGCCGGCGCCGACCGCGCAGUCUAUCCCUGUCUCCGUGCUGGUACCGGUGCCCAGCUCGCAAACCAACCAACUGCGACAACAGGAGCAAACCCCGCAGCCUCAGUCGCCCGCCACCGCGGAGGUCAACGCAAAUUGCUCCGCCGGAAGAGAUGGCACCACCACCAGCAGCAAGACGGUGGCCUACACGUACGAGGCAUUCUUUGUGUCGGAUGGCCGUUCGAAGCGUCGCAGUGCGAACGCAAAUGGCGCCGCGGUGCCUGACAAGGAGGCUGCUCAGCCGGAUAGGCCAAAGUUUACGUGCACGGAGUGCGGCAAACAGUACGCAACCUCAUCGAACCUGUCCCGGCACAAACAGACGCAUCGUAGCCUCGACUCUCAAUCGGCGAAGAAGUGCAUUCACUGUGGCAAAGCAUACGUAAGCAUGCCAGCCCUGGCGAUGCACGUGUUGACCCACAAGUUGGCCCAUAGCUGCGGCGUCUGUGGCAAGAUGUUCUCCAGGCCUUGGCUGCUACAAGGCCACCUGAGAAGUCACACGGGAGAGAAGCCAUACGGGUGCGCGCAUUGCGGCAAAGCAUUCGCCGAUCGGUCGAAUCUACGUGCCCACAUGCAGACGCAUUCCGCGGACAAGAACUACGAGUGCUCGAGAUGCCACAAAACCUUCGCUCUCAAGUCCUAUCUGAACAAACACCUGGAGUCCGCUUGUUUACGCGACGACGAGAUGCCGCCGCAACAACAGCAACAACAGCAACAACAACAACCUGCUACCAAUGGUAGCAACGCGACGACGCAACAUCAACAGAGCAAUAAUCGUGGUUUGUAGCAGCGCUUCGACGACAGGAAGACCACGACCAGGCGCCUCGACGCCCUAGAGACCGCUGCUAGGGAGAGCUAGCGGUCGUUCCCAGCGACGCCCGGCUAACCGGGACGACGAGGCAAGAUCGAUGGGAGAAGAUUGACGGGGAUGAGGAGGGAGAGAGGGAGAAAGAAUAAAGGUUUGCCGUAGGUUUUAAGUAGAAAAGUGCCAGUAGAGAAAAUGGAGGAUAAUAGAGAGAAGUAACCUAAUGGUAGAUGGGUAGAGGGUGAAGAGAGGGGGAAAUGAUAGGAGUGUGUCGGUUUCUUAAAUAAUGUCUAACAUUAAUAAAAACGUCCAAUAAUGUUAAGUCUUAAAACGAGCAGAAAGAGAAAAAAAAGAAUAAAAAACAAGAUGAAACGACGAUGGAUAAAGGAGAGAACGAUGAAAAAAAAAAAAGAUGAGAUGAAAGAAACGAGAACAAAGAA